AUGCGCCUGCUCAAACCGAAGGAAGCCGCCGCACUCCCGCGCGAGGCCCUCGAGGCCCACAUCUUCUCGCUGCUCCGCGGAUGCCGGGGCCUCCUCGCGCUCCGCAGCGCGCACGCGCACCUCACUCGGCUCCGCCUCCCGCGCCUCACCGCCGCCUUCGCGCUCUCCAAGCUCCUCGCCUCCUGCGCGUCGGCGCCCGCCGCCGCGGCGUCCUUCUACGCCCGCAGCCUGUUCGACCAAAUCCCCGACCCGACCGCCUUCUGCUACAACUCCCUCAUCCGCGCGCUCCCCGCCGCGGGCCCCGCCCCCGCGCUGGCCGUCUACCGCCGCAUGCUGCGCGCUGGGUCCCCGCGUCCCAACACCUUCACGCUCGCGUUCGCGUUCGCGCUCAAGGCGUGCGCGGCCGUGCCGGCUCCCAGCGAGGGGCGGCAGCUGCACGCGCAGGCGCUCCGCCAGGGGCAAUGA